UUAAGCUGGGCAGUUUAUUAAGAGGGCAUCGUGCCAUUGUCAUAAUUUAAACUCUGCAGUGCUCACCAUACACAGUGACAGCGGGAGCUCAUCGCACGGCAGGAAUGCGAGCACAGCAGUUGUUUCAUUCGUUUCUCUCCUUGUGAAGUGUUAAGGCACCGAGAGCCAUGCAACAGAUGAAAGCCACACAGCUCAGCUGGAAGACCCCCAAAACGGCAUGCACUCCCCCCACCCGCUCCUUUCAUCAAACGGGCUGACAAGAGUCGGAGGUCCUGUGCCUGCAAAAAAUAUGCAAACUAAAGUGGAAUAAGUCCCUGUGCGGGUCGGAGAAGUGACCUGAGCAAGUAGAGACCGAGCUGUUAAGCUGCCUGGGGAGAAGACACAGCAGACUGUCAAGAAUGUCAGACGGAAGUGGCCUACAAGGACAUGUGGAUGCUCUGUAUAUCUCAGUGGAAGCUGUCAUCGCCUUAGCGUCUGUCCUGGGAAACACACUGGUGGUGCUGGUGGUGAAAAUAAACCGAGCCUUAAGGGAUACCACAUUCUGUUUCAUCGUCUCCUUGGCCAUGGCAGACAUUGCAGUGGGAGCCCUGGUCAUUCCGCUGGCCAUCGUGAUAAACAUUGGAUUCCGAACUCAGUUCUACACCUGUCUCUUUUUGACGUGCCUGCUGCUGAUUAUCACGCAGAGCUCCAUUCUCUCCCUAAUGGCCAUCGCGAUAGACCGCUACCUGAGAGUCAAGAUACCCACGAGGUACUGCAUCAUCGUCACUCAGCAAAGAGCGUGGAUGGCUGUCAGCCUGUGUUGGCUGCUCUCCAUGCUGACAGGCCUGGUCCCUAUGCUUGGCUGGCACAACGAGGAGGUGCUCCACUCCAAGGAAAGGAAUGUCAGCUCAGGAAACAUCAUCUGUCAUUUUUCCACGGUGAUGCGAAUGGACUACAUGGUUUACUUCAAUUUUUUCGGGUGGGUGGUCCUACCCUUGACCAUCAUGGUAGGGCUCUACAUCGAAAUCUUUUACGUGAUCAGAAAACAACUGAACAAACGGGCCCAGUCGUCCAGCGAUGCUAGCAAAUACUACGGCAAAGAACUCAAGCUGGCCAAGUCCUUGGUACUGGUGGUCUUCCUUUUUGUCAUAAGCUGGAUGCCCCUGCAUAUAAUGAACUGCAUCAGUUACUUUUGUCCACAGUGUCAAGUACCAAAGAGCGCCUUAUACAUUGGCAUUUUCAUGUCGCAUGCCAACUCGGCCGUGAAUCCUUUGGUGUAUGCUUUCAGAAUAAACAGAUUUCGAAGCACGCUCAUCCAGAUUUGGAAGAAUUAUGUGUUGUGUGAAAAUGUCAGUGCAAGUUCAUGCAAUGUAAUCUUGGAAAAUGCCGCAGAGAAAAAAAUAAACCAAAAACCUUAAUAUCUGGUCAUGCUU